AUGGAUGAGUACAGUCUUUCAGCAAUGCUAGAAUCCUUAGGCGAAUUGAAAUCCAGUUUUUCUGCCGCACACACAAGCCUAGAGGAAUUGGACUUCGACUCCAUUGCCAGCGACCUGCCAAGUAACUUCGAUGCUGCUCUAAUCAACCUUAGAGCUACACUGCAACGCGAGAUUGGUAAACGUAGUGCCUCGCAACAUUGCUCCACGCUCAGAAUGAACUCCAGUGAGACCCAAUCAAUCAUUGUGAACGCUAAUAGCUCACGCUUGCCAUUGCUGACACUGCCUAAAUUCAGUGGCGCCUACACCGAGUGGACAAAUUUCUAUUCAAUGUUCACGUCAAUAAUCGACAAGGACAGCGACCUCACCAACAUCGACAAAUUGCAGCAUCUUCGUUCCUGUCUGAGCGGCGCUGCCCUUGACACCGUGCGCUCGCUGGAAAUAAACGACGCUAAUUAUAACACUGCAUUAGAUCUUUUACAAAAUCGCUUCGAUAACAAACGUCUUAUAUUUCAGGCACACGUCAGGGAGAUAUUUGGGCUAGAGAGGGCAGAUUCAAACGUAACCAAGCUACGAGAGCUGACAGAUAAGGUCACAGCACACAUACGCGCAUUGCAGUCGCUCGCAUCCAAUGGGAAGAUCGCAGAUGGCAUCAACGUACAAUUGGUGAUCCAGAAACUCGACAAAAAGACGCAAGCUAAAUGGGAGGAGAGUUCAUCGAUCAGCGAACUGCCAUCCUGGGAUCAAUUAGCUAUGUUCUUGGAGAAGCGCUGCAGAACACUCGAGAACGUUGAGCAUUCUAUGCAGACACCGACUGGUCAGGCGGUAAAAGCUAACAAGAACGUGAGUACUGGUCAGAGGAAAUCCUUUGUUGCUUCCAACGGCUCAAAAGGUGUUUGUGUGUUUUGUGGAUCUGCCGAGCAUGCAAUUUAUAGCUGUCAACGCUUCGCAAAUUUGUCUCCGAACUUACGCCUGAGGGAAGUUAAGAAGCUUUCCCUUUGUCUUAACUGCCGUGACUGCAAAUCCGGAUCGUGCCGCGCAUGUCAGUCGAAACACCACACGCUCUUGCAUUUCGAACGCUCAACUGCAUCGUUAAUUAAUAGUCAAGCCGAAGCUUCGUCGGCAGCUACAGUUCAAUCCAACGCUAUGACUGCAUCGUUAUCUGUGACGCCUAGUGCCCCAGUAUCUCCUUCUGAUGCUGUGUUCCUAGCUACUGCCGUCGUUCUGGUAAAAAAUCGUGCUGGAAGCUUCGUGCCUUGCAGGGCGCUUUUAGAUUCUGGCUCCCAGUUACACUUUGUCACAACUCGCCUUGCAAACCAAUUGCAGCUUGUAAAAGCAAAAUCUUCUGCUACAGUAUCUGGCAUUGGAGAUGCCAAUUUCUCAACGGAGGGUUACUCAAGCCGACCUCCUGUUGUUGUGCAAACCAUAAUCGACAACCAGCCUGGCUGCUCCGUGAGCACCAACGAGUGGAAUGUUCCGUCGAAUAUACAACUAGCUGAUCCUGGGUUCAACUUACCGCAGCGGAUUGAUCUGCUCAUUGGAGCAGCAUUGUUCUUCGAUCUGCUAUGUGUGGGGCAGAUACGCUUGGCAUAUGGUUUACCACUCCUUCAGAAAACACGCCUCGGUUGGGUGCUAUCUGGAGGGGGGCAACAAGGUCCAAAACUAUCAUCUUUUGUGGUGCGACGGAAGUGCUCCAGUGAUAUUAUUUCCACUCGGUUGGAAGAUUUAGUGCGUCAGUUCUGGGAAAUAGAGCACAACUUCGAGCCGAUCUCUAAGGCCUCCCAAGAAGAUAUCGACUGCGAAGCCCACUUCCGGGAAAAUUAUUUGCGAUUGUCAUCAGGCGAAUACUCAGUUCGUCUUCCCAUGAAGCGUGGUGUGGAGGCCCUUGGAGACUCCUAUUUGCAAGCUCGUCAACGCUUCGAAAGUCUUGAACGAAAAUUCGCUCGUAACCCUGAGCUUAAAACAGAAUAUAGUAAGUUCAUAAAGGAAUAUCUGGACCUUAAUCACAUGUCGCUAGUUACCAAUGAGGUUUUUCAACAAUGCAAGUAUUUUCUGCCGCAUCAUUGCGUCAUCAAGAAUGACAGUAGCACAACAAAGCUGAGAGUGGUUUUUGAUGGCUCUGCAUCCACUACUUCGGGCUUUUCGCUGAACGACCUACUCAUGGCAGGCCCAACUAUUCAGCCGAAACUUUUUAGUAUCCUUAUUAGAUUUCGUACUUUUCCCAUAGCACUUACUGGGGACAUCUGUAAGAUGUAUAGGUGUGUUCGCGUCACCCCACCAGAUAGCAUGCUCCAAUGCAUAUUGUGGCGUGAAUCUCCUCAGGAAAACUUUGCCAUCUAUAAGUUAGACACGCUGACUUAUGGAACUAAGCCUGCGUCAUUUCUGGCCAUACGUGCCAUGCACCAACUCGCAGCUGACGAAUCCUCGACUUAUCCCAUUGGUGCAGAAAUAGUGCGUCGAGACUUCUACGUAGAUGACUUGAUAUCUGGAGGCGAUUCGAUGGAAGAAGUACUGAAUAUCAAGCUACAAACAACUAGCCUCCUUGCUCGAGGAAACUUUAAGUUACGCAAGUGGUGCUCGAAUAGUCCAGAUAUCCUUCGUGAUAUACCUGACGUAGACAAGGAACGUUUCCUUAAGUUUGACGAUGGCAGUGACAUCACCAAAGCUCUGGGACUAGUUUGGGAUCCGGUCAAGGACAAGCUGCUAUUUUUGUUUGUGCCACAAUGA